CAGACGACAAGUUGCAUUGUUGUUGUUUACUGUGCUUGUGCUACUAUUUUUCUUAAAAUAAUUUGUAGCUUUUUAAAAAAACUUACACUUCCCAUUAUGGUCUCAAAGUUACCUUCAGCCAAUCUGACAAAUUCUAAUUUCAAACAGUUCGUUUUCAUGAACAAUCAGCGAUGGCCUCUUCUCUGUCCAAAAGUAGGAGCUUCCAAGUGGUAAUCUACGGUUGAAUAACAUUACUCGGGCAUUGAAUUCACUCUUGGCCACUUUACGUAAGACUUCUGUCUUAAGACGACAAGAAAUUUCUGUUUACAUCAUGGUGAUGCACUGAUGCAGUUUGAAAAAUUUUAUUGUUGAAUUCAUGCCAACAUCUCUCGCGAUAAUAUUGCCACACGAAUAAAUGGAUACCAGAAAAAAAGAGCCCGAAUCUUAUGUCACGUACGGGACUCCUCUUGAUCCACUCGAGGAAGAUGAUUUAGCAGCGAAGAAACCAAUUCGUAUUGAAGAUCAAGAAGUGAGGGAUGAAAAUGGCAGAAGAAGAUUUCAUGGCGCCUUCACUGGUGGUUUUUCGGCGGGUUACUACAAUACUGUUGAUACUAAGGAAGGAUGGAGGCCUGCUGAGUUUAAAUCCUCCAGAAGUGACAGGCAAAAGAAGGAACAGAAACCACAAGAUUUUAUGGAUGAAGAAGAUCUUGGAGCCUUUGGUAUAGCACCUCAAGUGCUAAGAGCUAAAGACGACUAUGGUGAAGGACAUGUGUCACGAAAACGUUUAAGACCUGUCUUUGCAACAGCUGGAGCUAUUCCAGGUUUGCCAGCGUUGCACAACUUGCUUCAUCCAAUCAAAGACACAAUUGGAAUAAAGCUUUUACGAUCCAUGGGAUGGAAACCAAAUCAGGGUGUUGGACAGAGAUUGACCAAAAAAGCAAAGAAAGAAAGAAGGAAAAGACAUGAAGAGACUAGAAGAUACGGCUGUGGCAUGCCACCUGCAUUGAACCAGGGAGAGCAGCAAAAAAGUGAUGGAGAGAGUGGUGAUGAUUCUGACGAACAAUUGUACGCCCCCGACGACGUACCUUCCUUCGUAGUCAAACCGAAAACCAACAUGUUUGGUCUUGGCUACUCGGGACUGAUGCCUCAUCAUUCAACCGCUGCUGUUGCUCCAAAAAGUGGAUUUGUACUUUUCGAGCCGACCUUAAAGCUGACGGAUCGGAAAAAGAAACUUCAAAUUGCCGGCCAAGCUUUUGGUGUUGGGGCUUUCGAAAACGAAGAUGAAGACAUUUACACUAAAGAUGAUAUGUCACAAUACGACUUUGAAUUGGGAGGUGUGAAAACCAAAAAGAAAAAUUCUCAGAUGCUGGCCUUACCGUGUUCAGAUAUCCUUGAUGGCUUCGUUCGAGCAGCGAGAAAUGAACCCAUUCACAAACGUUACCCUGCUCCUGUUAUUCCAAAGGAUUUCGUGCCUAUUCACCGCAGUAUCAACUCAAGAUUCGACCUGAAACCCGUCACUCAAGCUGAGCUGAGAGGAUUGGGCAGACACGAUCUCAAUGCCCAUCAAAGAGCCGCCAUUCUCAACGAUGUUUUGAGUAUGCCUCCUGAAACCCAACAGGCGUCUGAACCACCUAAAGCAGAGCCACCGGUUCCGUUGACUCCUGCAGAAGUCGUUGCUCAGGCAUUAAUUCAAAUCAAGAAGAAUAUCGCAGCACAACAAGAGAAAUCUGGCCAAGUCGUCCAGCAAGAAGCAGAACAGAAAGUUAAACUUUCUUUAGUUAAAUCUGCACCAGUAGUCGACCCUGAUAAAGAAGCAAAAGUUACUAAAUUGAAGGCUUUUAUCGAAAGUUCUCGGACUAUUUCAUCUUUCCAGCCCUUCGCGAGAGAUAUGGACAAACAGUACAGAUUCGAGGCCUUCUGUAUUCUCUCCAAAAAUAAAAGACUCGAAGAAUUCCAUCUUCUCCAGCCAGAUAGUAUGACGGCUUGGGAACGUGAACGUGAAGAGGUCGAGUUUGAUAGGUCCCUGACGCUUUAUCGGCCAUUGACUGCCACAAUGCAAAAUCGAUUCACUUCAGGUGGUCACGUCGAGGAGAAUAUUCAAGGCGGCUUGGUAGCACAGAUUGAAUCUUUUCUACCACAAGAAACUCCUCAACCUAAAAAGAUUCCGGUCGUAAAAGAUCCAGCCAAGCAAGCAGCACUCCGGAAGCAUUUUGGGCCACUUACUCGGAAACGAAUUCAAUGGAAACCUGAUCGUUUGCUUUGCAUUCGGUUUAAUGUCCCGAAUCCUUUUCCUAGUGCCGGAGAUGCUCAAGAUUCAGCUAAAUUUGUUGCUAAAGGCACGUCUGGAUCCAAGUUUUCCAUCUUUGAUGUGCUGAAUGCAGUACCGCAAGCCGGUCCCUCAUUCAUGUCGUCUGGCUACGAGAAUAUUCCUUCAGGUCCAGUUCAAGGACCAGCCAACAAAGUUCAAGAACUCGAAUGGGAUAAAGCUGAAAGAGGAGAGUUGGAAGAGAAAGCCGAACCAGAUCUCGUCCCAGAUGUUGGCCCGUCUGAGGAAAUUAAGGAAGAAACAAACCCAGUGGAAGUUCCUUACGAACGUCCUCCAAUGGAUGUCUUUAAAGCCAUUUUCGCUGACACUGAUUCAGAAGACGAAGAAGAAGAGGAAGAAAAGGAAGAUAAAGAAGACGUUCAAACUAGCAAGAAGAAUGAACAACCAAAGCCACCAGUCGUUGAAGAUAUUGACGAUGAUGCCUAUGGUCCCCGAUUACCAGUCUCCAGUGGUUCAAACAAGGUGGCAGUUGUUAAUUUAGCUGCAAGUCAGGAAGCCAGCAGCCACGUUGAAUGGGUGGAACGCAAAAAGGAAGAGAAAAAGAAGAAAGACAAGAAGGAUAAGAAGAAGAAGAAGAGUAAAAAGAAGAAAGAUAAAAAGAGCAAGAAACGAAAGAGACGCCAUUCCGAUGUCAGUUCGAGCAGCAGCGAUGACGAAGUGGAUGACGUUGAAAUAUUAAAGAAAAUUGUUGCACUGAAGAAAAUGCAAAAACUUUAAAUACAUUUUAAUUUUCCUGA